AUGGAUCGAGUCGAUUUUUCCGAGUAUGUUCCGUCUUCGAUAUGGGAUGUGAUGGAUGCCCCUGCGGUGCUCACUGAAGAUAGGAGUCGAAUAGAAUUCCAAAUCAGAAUAAGUUCAGGAGGAAAAGGCGAGAAAAUGGGUCUGACGAUGAACGUUUUGCUGUCCAUCAAUGUGUUUUUACUUCUGGUCUCAAAGAUUCUGCCGCCGACGUCGUUGUCGAUUCCUCUGGUCGCUAAAUAUCUCCUGCUCACUUUCGUGCUCAACAUCAUAACCAUUCUGAUCACUGUCGUCAUCUGCAACAUAUACUUCCGAUCUCCUAUCACGCAUCGCUUGCCGCCAUGGGUUCGAAGUGUCUUUUUGGAUUGGCUACCCCUUCUGAUGUGCAUGCAGCGACCAGGACGUAAGGACGUCUUGCAUCAGAAGAAGAAGAAAUUGGAGACUAAAUCCAGCCAGCAUCUAACAACACCGAAUCACCAUCCCCACUGCAAGGCUGUUCCCACUAAACAUUACUCCACUUUCUUCAUACUUUGCGCUUCCUUCACUUUUUUUAAUACGUUGUGCCUAUAUACACAGAAUCCUUUCCUUUCAAGAGAUGGCGCUCCACUGAUUCGAAUAAGCCAUCCUUCUUGUGAAGAUCUUUCCCCAGAUGCUCAGCGAGCCGUUGAUGCCAUCGAAUUCAUCACCGAAAACAUGAAGGAUGACGAAACCACGAAACAGUAUCGGGACGACUGGAAGUACAUCGCUAUGGUAGUGGAUCGUAUACUACUCUAUGGCUUCUUUGGAAUCACCCUA